GUCAAACUUAGAACCAAAAUUUGUUACGAAGUUUUGUGUUGUCUUCUAACCUGUUUACCUUAAUUUAAUAAUUUCAUUUCAAUAUUAGUGAUGUUUGGUGUUAGUUGUGCUAACAAGAAAUAAAAGUAUCGGGUGCAUUUGUUAAAAUGGCUCCGGUCCCUCUGGAGGGGCUGCAAACCCCGAUAGCGAACGCAAUGGCUCAAACUGGCUUAGGGGGGCCUCAGGAGUCUGGCAACAGGGGCGGAAUGAUUUCAUUGGCGAUGCUGAUAGACUUUAUUGUGCAAAGAACAUACCAUGAACUCACCGUUCUGGCAGAGCUUUUGCCUCGUAAAACGGACAUGGAGAGAAAAAUUGAGAUAUACAACUUCUCGACAAGGACUAGACAGUUGUUUGUUAGGUUACUUGCACUUGUCAAAUGGGCAAAUAGUGCUUCUAAAGUUGAAAAAUCAGCUAGGAUAAUGGGAUUUUUGGACAAACAAUCGUUACUAUUUGUGGAAACAGCUGAUAUGCUGGCUAGAAUGGCUCGUGAGACUCUUGUACAAGCUCGGCUUCCAAAUUUUCAUAUUCCAGCAGCCAUCGAAGUGCUUACAACUGGGACUUACGGUAAAUUACCCUCGUGUAUUAGGGAUAAAAUUGUACCACCAGAUCCCAUUUCAAACAACGAAAAACGUACCACACUUUUGAAGUUAAAUCAGGUUAUACAGCAUCGUUUGGUGACUGGCAAUUUGCCACCUCAGAUGAACAAUUGCAAGAUUGAAAACGGUCGAGUGACAUUCAAAGUCGAGCACGAGUUCGAGGUGUCCCUAACGGUGAUGGGCGACGGUCCCAACAUACCGUGGCGCCUCCUCGAGAUCGACAUCCUCGUCGAGGACAAGGAGACCGGCGACGGCAAACCUCUGGUGCACAGCCUCCAAGUGCAGUACAUCCACCAGCUGGUGCAGACCAGGCUGGUCGACAACGUGGAGCCGCUCUCCGAGGUCUACAGCUGCCUGCACGCUUUCUGUCAGUCGCUGCAGCUGGAGGUUCUGUACUCGCAGACGCUGAGGUUGAUGCGCGACCGCCUCGACGACCACAUCCACGUGGACGAGUACGCGCCCGGAAGGUGUCUCACCGUCUCGUAUUGGAGGGAGUUGACGGUCAAGGGUAAGGAGCUGGCGAGCAAGGACAUGAGAUCCGAGCUGGGCUACCGUUUGACGGUGCAAGUCGAUCAGCACGAGCCGGCCAGGCAGCUGGCCGUGGUGCACAUACCGUCGUUGGGUAACAAGGAGUGCGAAAUUACCGACCGAGCCAUCCGCUCCGAAGUCCUGUCGAUGGAGAGGCUGUUGGUGCACACGAUUUACGUGAGGACCAAGAGCCGCCUCACCGACAUCAAGCUCGAGCUACAGGGAAUGCUGAAAAAUGUCGAAUGUAAUCUGCAGGGCUCCCCAGCUAUUCUAUCAGUGGCAAUUUUGCAACCGUGUCUGCGCGCGGAGCAAGUUUUGAUAACUGUAGACACUCAUACAGGCAUGUUGCAGUGCCACGUGCCGCAAUACGAUUCGCCUCUGAUCCCGGAGCUGAACAACGCCCUCAACGGCGACCAUUCGAAGCUGAUCGGUCUUAUAACCGAGCUGAGGUAUUGGAUCACGCAAAGAAGGUGUGAAAAAACUUUGCAACACUUGCCUGCGACGGCUUUCGAAAAGCUACCUCUGAUGCACCAACCUGAUCAUCCAAUUAAUAAGAUCAGCAGACACAGGAUAUUUGUGCAGCUGCAUAGACACAAUAACGUUGUUUUGAUAAUCGAGUUUAAAGAAAAACCCAACCACCCAUGCGAAAUCGACUGCUCGUUUUACAUGUGCGUAGUGCGACAAAGCAGCAUCGAAGACAAUCCGAACGACGAGUCGAUCGAAACCGAGAUACCGAAAGUUUACCUGAAAGUCCAAACCCUGAUCGAAUUCGACACUUUCGUGGCCACCCACGGCCCGUUCACCAACGUGGACGGCGGGUGCGAUGAUCCGAGCGAACAGAACGGCUUCAAACGGAAGUGCGGCAACAGGGCCGAAUCGGCAACGAGGCGAUCCAAGCAGCCGGCCUAUUUUAUAUCGGAGUUGGCGCAUGUGGUUGCCAUGUGCGACGAACGAUUGCCAUUUGUCAGUCUUGCCAACGAGUUGACAGCGCGAAACGUGUACCACCAAGGCAUGCAGGUGGAAUCCAACGCGACCGGUUUGGUGUUGAAGUUUACGCAGUUGCCCCCUCCAUCGUCCGCGAUCGGCAAAUGUUCCGCAUGGCACGCCCUACUCAAGAGGUUGCUGUCGGCUUCGCUCAGGGUGCUCACCAAGGGAGCUUUGAAGAGUUGGAUGCUGGAAUACGUUUUUUAUUCUACGCCUCUGCCCAGCACACAUCCUAAAGAACAAGGAUCCCGAAGGCCGAUCUACUUCCAAUACGACAUGGCAACGGUGGACAACACCUCGAAAACGGUGGACGCGCUUCUGAAAGACUGGAACCAGAUCGUUCACCUUUACGCGAUCGUGCACGACCUCGGCAACUACCUCAAAGUGGACAAGUACAGCUUCCUGGCCAACAACUUCAGCAUAAAGUCCUACAACUACAGCAAGCUGAUCCUGUCGUACGGGCCGGACAAGGGCGCGAUGGUCUCGCUGGGCUGGAACAACGCGGACGGCGCGUUCCAGAUGGCCUUCGGCGCGGCCAACAACUCGCUGAACGCGCACAGCAUCGUCCAGGAGCAGCUGGAGGCGCACCUGAACGAGACCAGGAACUUGGCGCAGCUCGUGCAGCUGCUGCAAGAGACGUACGAGCCGCUCCUGUCGAUCAGCAAGUUGCCCACGAUCCCGCAGCUGGGCGUGCACAACACGCGUCCGCAAGUGCCGGUGCAGACUUUCACGAUAAUGGCGCAGUCGUGCACUCUGAUCCGCCUCGCCUACCAGGGCAUGUACUGCCUCGAAAUCCGCAUCCUGGGCGCCGGGCUGGUGUCCCUGCGCGACGGCGCCUACAGUCGCUUCGAUCGCAGCAACGUGGUGGACGUGUUCACGCCCACUCAGGGUCUCAAGACGUUCCUGUCCAAGUACGUGGACGAGAGCGCCGUCUUUCGCAGGAGAUCGCAGUCGGAGGACGACAACCCGCCUUCGCCGAUGGAGGUGGACAACAAUUUUUUGAAUCACCUUCGUCCGCCGUCGCCGCGCGACCAGGGCCUGCGCUUCCACCCGCCGCAAACCCCGCCGAGCAUCUCGAACCCCCUCACCCCCGCCAGCCCGCUGACGGCGGCGAUAUCGUCGCAGCCGAGCGCCGCGUCGCAGUCGCAAUCGCAGGGGCUGGGCGGCUUCGGCUCGAGCCCGGCGACCGCGUUCGGCCUCAACUCGCCCACCGCGGGCGGCGGCAACGUGCAGCCCAGCCCGCUGCAUCCGAUGCACCCGAGUCCGGGCGGCUUGGCGGCCAACUCGCCGCUCAACGCGAUGCCCAGUCCGGGGGCGCUGCUGAACAACGCGUCGCCCGGCCCCGCGCCCGCCAACAUGCCCGGACACUCGCCGGUCAGCAGCUACUUACCCUCAGGACAUACAGACGGUAGUCCGUUCCCGUCUUCGAGCAUGGCAUCGCCGGCCGCUUCCAAUUGGCCGGGAUCGCCCGGCUUACCUCGGCCGUCUCCGGCAAGGCCGGGGCAAUCUCCCGGAGGAGGGCCGCCGGUGAUGAACAGUCCCCAGUCGGAACACAACAAAAGUUCGAACGUCGUCCAGGGGCAUUUGGCCAGAGUUUUGCCUCAAAGGUCUUGGGCCGGGGCAGUACCGACAGUUUUGACGCACGAAGCCUUGGAAAGCUUGUGCUGCCCGUCGCAGCAUCCGCAAGGUUUUCCCGGACCGGAGCUGGCACCGCUGGAACGCUUUUUAGGCUGCGUUUACAUGCGCCGGCAGCUUCAAAGGCACAUCAACAACGAAUCCUUCCUGACCGUCAUACCGAACUCGGAACCUGGCGUGAUUCAUUUCAAAGUUGCCGAAACGUUCCAAUGCAGGAUCGGUUUGAACCCGCAGCAUUUGCAAAGUUUGCAUCUGAAGAUUACGCCCAUGGCGGACCACAAAGAUGUCUGGAGCCCAGAAGAAUUACAGAUUUUAGAAAAGUUCUUCGACACCAGGGCGGCCACCCCCCCUUACAAACCGAUGUCCAUGUUCACGUUCUGCAACAUGCUGAACGUGCCGGUCAACGUGCUAAAGGAUUUCGUUCAGAUUAUGCGCCUGGAGCUGAUGAGCGGUCUGGCGCAGCAGCAGGGCAUGAAAUGGUCCGUGCAAUGGAUGCUCAGAAUACCGCCCAGCGCCACGCCCAUAGUUCCCACGGGAAUGACCGGAGUGCUGGCCAUCAGGAACAAGAUCCUCUUCUUCCUGCAAGUGAACCGGAUAGCCAUGCAGUACCCCACCAACGUGGAACCGCCCUCCAUCGUCUUACCUUUCAUUUACGACGUGGGCGCGAACGUGACCUCGCUGGCCGAGAAGCGCGAGAUGGGCUCGGUGCCGGCCCUGCAGGCCGCCAGCCAGAUCCUGAAGAACUUCGGGCACUUCCAGGCCAACAUGGCCGACUGCUCGGUCUUCCCGGCCAUCAGGGAGCUGCUGCUGAACCUGACGCUGCCGCAGGAGCAGCAGCAGCAGCAGCAAUCUCCCGCGCAGCCGCAGCAGAUCAUGUCGCCCGCCAUGCAGAUGGCGCAGCAGGGCGGCGGCGCGCCCCCGCCCCAGGGCUACAUGCCCAUGGGGAUGAUGGGCGGCGGGCCGCAAUGACACGCGAUGCAAUAGCACGUGCUGUUUCCGCAGGACGGUGAGUACUGGUGAUGCACUUUUAUUGAUUUAUUUUUCAUACACCUAAUAAUGCAUUGCAA